AUGACCGGGCAUGAUCCAGCUGUGAAGAAUGGCUCUGACUCGGAAGGCGAAGGCUUGCCACUGCAGCAGGAGAGAGCUCCUGCGUUGAAAUUGGUAGUCCAGCUCUGCUGCAUUGCUGCAAUUGAAGGUGCAGACAUGGGUUUGCUUCCAGCCGUGACCUAUGCCAUGAGCCGGGACUUGCAGCUUCGCCUGACGCAGCUCUCGAUCUUGAGUUUAUCCCAGGCGGUCUGCGAAGCUUCAGCAGCACCCGUGUGGGGCAUCUUAGCAGACAGACAGGCCUUGCAGCGCAAGAGCUUGCUGAGCUUGGGGGCAUGCUGCCAGGGAAUCUGCACCAUACUGCUGUCGAAUACCGACAGCUUCGAAAGAAUGAGCCUGAUACUCCUGAGAUGUAUCAAUGGCGCAAUGCUGGCGAGCUUGAAGCCCUUGUGCCUGGGAAUAGUGGCCGAUACGACCCCUGAGUCCUCACGCGGCAAGAUCUAUGGCUAUCUUCAGUUCUGCGUCACCCUCGGGGUCAUGGCAGCAGCAAGCAUAGCAACUCCGAUGUCCAGCAUUCAAGUGUUGGGACUUCAAGGCUGGCGCAUGGCCUUCAUUCUUUUCGGUUGCUUCGCCAUACUCGCGGGCUUCGGGAUCCAUGUUUGCAUGCCAGAAGUGAGCCGACCCUCACCAGCCCAUGGAAAGCAUGGCUGUGCACUCCUGGUGGAGCUACGAAAGCUGGGGAGUUUCUGCGCAAAGCCGACCUUCAUAUGCCUGGUUGCACAAGGCCUGUUUGGCUCAAUCCCAUGGAAUGCUUUCACCUACUCGACUUUCUAUUUUCAAGUCAAUGGGCUGACCAACGUGGCGGCAGCUGCGCUCACCACCCUGUUCCAACUCUCCUGCGCCUUUGGGCACGUGAUCGGGGGAGUCGUCGGGGACGCGAUGGCCCGGCGCUGCCAGCUUCACGGCCGCCCCUUUACGGCAAACAUCUCGGUCUCCUCCGGAAUUCCGUGUGCGUUUUUGAUUUACACCGCCCCACACCAGAGCUUUAGCUAUUAUGCAACGUUUUUGGUCAUCAUGGGCCUUGCUUCUACUUGGUGCGGUGUUGGGGUGAACUGGCCAAUUCUAUCUGAGAUUGUGGAUGCUGAGUCGCGAAGCGGAAUCAUGGCUUGGGAGAGCGCGUUAGAAGGGGCGGUUGCUGCCUGCUUGGGCAACGCCGCUGUUGGAUUCCUCGCGCAAAACCUCUUUGGUUUCAACUUGGAAGAUGCGAAGGCUGAAGGCGCCAGUGGAGAGCACAAUGCUGAAGCCUUGGGCAAAGCAUUGGCCUUGACCGUUGUCCUUCCAUGGUCCAUUUGCUUUGUGUUUUACAUCUUCCUGCACUGGGCUUUCCCUUAUGACCGCAAGCGCAUGGAAGAGAGUCGUUCUUGCCGCAAGAUACGCAGCCCAACUCCUUUGAAGCUAGGAGUUGCUGCAGAGACCGUGGAGUCUCCUUGA